GAUUUGCGCCAGUUCUGCUGGAAAAAAUAACGCGUGCAAACGCGCUACUACUGGCGCAUGCGCAGUUUAGCCUUUAUUCCAAACGGGCGCUUCGGGGCGGAGAUGAGCAGCGCUGCCUGCUCGCUGCAGAAAUAUCUGAUAAUCAACAAACCCAGUGAUGCUCAGUGCAGAGGACUGACAUGGCAGCUUUCCUUAGAAGACUGUGAGUUGAUCUGCAGGAGAAUGCUGGAACCGACGUCACGUUCGUUCUCCAUCAUAGAUGAAUCCCUGAAGUCUUUCUGUUCCCAGUGUUUGAACUAUUUGCUGUAAUCGCUCUGAGCUGACAUAUGGUGCCCACGUGCCACAGGCCUGUAAAUAAAGGGAGAUCCUUUUUGGAAUAAAGUGCUGUUUUUGCACAUCGUUAUUACAGAUCACAGCGUCUGCUUGCCUUUUUUAUGCGAGUUUUGGUCUAUAACUGGUUCGAUCGUAAGGAAACAUGGAGGCCAAUAUGGAAUAUAUUGUGGGACAGGUGAUGCAGAAAGACCUGGGACGACGACUCCAGGUCGGACAAGAGAUCAUAGACUACAUUCUGGACAGGCAGAAGUCACAUGAUCUGGAGCACGAUCAGACCAUGCUCGACAAGAUGGUGGAUGGCCUGGCUACUUCAUGGGUCAACUCUAGCAACUUCAAGGUGGCUCUUCUGGGAAUGGACAUUGUGUCAGUUUUAGUGACCAGAUUACAAAAUCGCUUUAAACCCCAAAUUGGUACAGUCCUGCCCAGUUUAACAGACCGUUUAGGUGAUGCCAAAGACCAAGUAAGAGAUCAAGCCCAGGCUCUGCUGUUAAAAAUAAUGGAUCAAGCUGCCAAUCCACAAUACGUAUGGGACCGAAUGUUGGGAGGAUUCAAACACAAGAACAACAGGACCAGAGAGGCUGUCUGUUUCUGCCUUAUUUCCACACUAAAUAUAUAUGGAGCCCAGGGUUUAACUCUGAGCAAGAUUGUGCCUCACAUAUGCAGUCUUUUAGGAGACCCUACAAGUCAGGUUCGAGAUGGAGCUAUGAACUGUCUUGUGGAGAUCUACAGACAUGUCGGAGAGAGAGUGCGAAUGGAUCUUGGGAAAAAAGGCUUGCCACAAUCACGGUUGAAUGUCAUUUUCAGCAAAUUUGACGAAGUACAGCGGUCAGGGAAUAUGGUGCUGUCUGCAGAUAAGAACAUAGAUGAUGAUGACUCUGUGGAUGGAGGCCAUUCCUCCGCCUCCUCUAAAGGAGCAGCGUCUGUCCGCCGAACAGGAUCCAUGCGCAGACCAAGCUCUGCCUCCAGCACCAAGAGCACAGGAAAAGAGGUGUCAGCUGCUGGUGCUUUGGAUGAGGAAGACUUCAUCCGUGCCUUUGAGGAUGUGCCCACCAUACAGAUUUACUCCAGCAGAGAGCUUGAGGAUUCCAUGAAUAAAAUCAAAGAGGUCCUCUCAGAUGAAAAACAGGACUGGGAGCACAGAGUGACCGCGCUGAAGAAGGUGCGUUCGCUGCUGCUUGCCGGAGCCACUGAUCAUGAAGCAUUCCUCCAACAACUGCGGCAGCUGGAAGGAGCGUUUAAGCUCUCCGCUAAAGACCUGCGCUCUCAAGUUGUCCGUGAGGCCUGCAUCACACUGGGGCAUCUGUCGUCCAUGCUGGGUAACAAGUUUGACCAUGGAGCUGAGUCCAUCAUGCCCACGUUGCUCAAUCUCGUCCCAAACAGCGCUAAAGUGAUGGCCACAUCCGGUGUAGCAGCCAUCCGCCUCAUUAUACGACACACACAUUAUCCUCGGAUUAUCCCCAUCAUUACCAGUAACUGCACGUCCAAAUCCGUGGCUGUCCGGCGGCGCUGUUAUGAGUUUUUAGACCUUUUACUCCAGGAGUGGCAGACGAGCUGUCUAGACAGACAUUUAGCUGUUCUGAUGGAAACCAUUAAGAAAGGAGUCCACGAUGCAGACGCAGAAGCCAGAUCUGUUGCCAGAAAGUGUUAUUGGGGAUUCCACGGCCACUUCAGUAAGGAGGCGGAGCAGCUCUUUCAGGCUCUCGAGCUGACCUAUCAGAAGGCUCUGCAGUCGCAUCUGAAGAGCUCGGAUAGUGUUAUGUCUCUCCCUCAAUCCGAUCGCUCCUCCUCCAGCUCUCAAGAGAGCCUCAAUCGUCCUCAAUCUGCUAAAGCAUCUGUAGGAAGCAGUACAGCCAGGAAUAAAGUGGUGAGCUCUAGAGUGUCCUCCACACCUGGCUCGCUGCAGCGAUCACGAAGCGAUGUUGACGUCAACGCGGCUGCCACCGCCAAGUCUCGAAUGCCCAAAGUACCCGCUGCUGCUCCCUUCAGCUCAGCCGGUGCACUGCCGCCUGGCUCCUACGCCUCGCUAGGUCGUGUGCGCACACGGAGACAGAGUUCAGGCAGCAGCGUUGGUGGCGGAGCCUCUGUUACAGACAGCAGGGGGCGGAGCCGAGCGAAAGUGGUGUCGCAGUCACAACCUGGGAGUCGUUCCAGUUCUCCUGGGAAGCUUAUUGGUCAGUCCUAUGGCAAAAUGUCCUCUGUGACCUCAGCAGAGAAGCGAAGUAGGAUCCCACGCAGUCAGGGCUGCAGCCGAGAGAGCAGCCCCGGUCGCUCGGGUCAGGUGCGGGGUAGUCGCAUCCCGCGGCCCAGUAUGAGUCAGGGUUGCAGUCGUGACACAAGCAGGGAGAGCAGCAGAGACACAAGUCCUGCACGGGGUUUUACUCCACUUGUGUCUCGGCGCCACUCGCGCUCCACCAGUGCCCUGACAGGCAGCGACGCUCUGCAAACAGAUCGUUUUGGGCUGAUCCAUCAGGCGCGGAUCUCUGCUUCGGUCAACGCCAUGCGCAUCCUGAACACAGGCAUGGAGGUGGAGGCAGCAGUGGCUGAUGCUCUGCGGAGGCCUGUGCGGCGCUGGUACGAGUCUCCUGGCAUGUACUCGGACGAUGACGCCAACAGCGACGCCUCCAGCGCCUGUUCAGAGCUUUCUUACAGCUCACGUAACGGAGGAGUGCCGCACUACAUGCGCCAGACAGAGGACGUAGCCGAGAUCCUAAACCACUGCGCCAGUUCCAACUGGUCCGAGAGGAAAGAAGGCCUGCUGGGCCUCCAGAACCUUCUGAAGAGCCAAAGAACCCUCAGCCGUGUGGAGCUCAAGAGGUUGUGUGAGAUUUUCACUAGGAUGUUCGCCGACCCUCACAGCAAGAGAGUGUUCAGCAUGUUCCUGGAAACGCUGGUGGACUUCAUCGUGCUGCACAGGGAGGAUUUGCAGGACUGGCUCUUUGUUCUCCUCACACAGCUGUUAAAGAAGAUGGGCGCUGAUCUGCUGGGCUCAGUGCAGGCCAAAGUGCAGAAAGCUCUCGAUGUCACCAGAGAUUCCUUUCCCUACGAUCAGCAGUUCAACAUCUUAAUGCGCUUCAUUGUCGAUCAGACACAAACUCCAAACCUCAAGGUGAAGGUGGCCAUUCUGAAGUAUAUCGAGUCUCUGGCCAGGCAAAUGGAUCCCACUGAUUUUGUGAACUCCAGUGAGACACGCCUGGCCGUCUCCCGCAUCAUCACUUGGACGACGGAACCCAAGAGCUCAGAUGUCAGAAAGGCUGCUCAGGUGGUGCUAAUCUCCCUGUUUGAGCUGAACACACCAGAGUUCACCAUGCUGCUGGGAGCGCUGCCUAAAACCUUCCAGGAUGGAGCCACCAAACUCCUGCACAAUCACCUAAAGAACUCCAGCAAUGCUGCAGCCACGAGUUCGCCGAGCAACACAGUGGGCCGCACACCUCCAAGACACUCUGGUUCCCGCACCAGUCCCCUGACCUCCCCUACAAACUGCUCUCAUGGAGGACUCUCACCCAGUCGUAUAUGGGGCUGGAGUUCGAACGGUCUAUCAAAGGCCCCGUGUCCCUUCACUCCCCCUCCCUCUGGCCCUGGCACCCCCCCUCUCCGACCUGGGCGCCGGGCCCCCUCGCCCAGCAUGCUGGAAUAUGACACAGAGAACAUGAACUCAGAGGAGAUCUACAGCUCUCUGAGAGGAGUCACUGAAGCCAUUCAGAGCUUCAGCUUCCGCAGCCAGGAGGACAGCUAUGAGCCAAUCAAACGCGACACCAAGAAAGACGACGCGAGUGCCGUAGCGUCCUGCGCUGCAGACCCCCGGCUAGGUACAGACGUGAUGGAGGGGGGCCGAACGGCUCUGGACAACAAGACAUCGUUACUGAACACACCGUCCCCUCGCUCUUUCCUGGGGCCGAGGACACGCGAAUACAAUCCCUAUAACUACACAGACUCCAUCAGCACUUACGAUAAAGCUGCUCUAAAAGAGGCGGUGUUCGACGAUGAUGUGGAACAGCUCCGUGAUGGUCGUCGUCAAGAGUUUGGUGAAAACAAAAUCAUGGCUCCCAAAAGUUAUUCUGCAGGCCCUGUGCAGCACCUGGAGCUGGUUGGUGACCUCCUGAAGGAGCUGUCCAAUCACAGCGAGCGUGUGGAGGAGAGGCGGGCCGCCCUGUUGGAGCUGUUGAAGGUGACCCGUGACGACAGUGUGGCCGUAUGGGAGGAGCAUUUUAAAACCAUGCUGCUGCUGCUCCUGGAGACACUGGGGGACAAAGAUCACACCAUCCGGGCGCUGGCGCUGCGUGUUCUGAAAGAGAUCCUGCGAAGUCAACCCGCACGCUUCAGGAACUAUGCAGAACUGACCAUUAUGAAAACACUGGAGGCGCACAAAGACUGCCACAAAGAGGUGGUGCGUGCCGCAGAGGAGGCCGCCUCCACCCUGGCUUCCUCCAUCCACCCGGAGCAGUGCAUUAAGGUGCUGUGUCCCAUCGUACAGACUGCAGACUACCCCAUCGACCUGGCCGCCAUCAAAAUGCAGACCAAGGUCAUCGAGCGCAUUCCGGAGGACUCCCUUUAUCAGCUGCUGCCUGACAUCAUCCCCGGUCUACUACAGGGUUAUGAUAACACUGAGAGCAGCGUGCGGAAAGCCAGUGUCUUCUGCCUUGUGGCAAUUUAUUCUGUGAUUGGAGAAGGGUUGAAGCCUCAUCUUGCCCAACUGACAGGCAGCAAGAUGAAACUGCUGAACCUCUACAUCAAGCGAGCCCAAACUACCAACAGCAACAGCAGCAGCUCCUCUGACAUCUCCUCCUACAGCUAAACCAACCAAUCACCUUCUAAACCAAUCCGAACCUCGCUCCCAGUCCAGUUUUACUGAAACGACUCGGUUUCUUCAGAACAGCCCAACCCACAAUCUGAGGUCUUCUUUUAAUUAAAGGACAGUGGUUUUGAUCGAAUUGAAUCCUUCAUUAAACCCAAAACAACAAUAAUUAUAUAAAAAGACCUGUAUUUAGAAAUGUGACUUGUUGCUUGUUCGGUUUUGGGUCCACGUUCCAGUAUGUGAUGACUGAAACGGCUUGUAUUGCCGUACUCCUGAAUGUGUGUAUAUCAAACAUUAAUGAGAGCAGUUGUGCCUCAGUCCAGUGGACCUGUUUGUCUGUAUUCUCUUAUAGGGCAAUCUAUUUCUAUUAAAGGAAUACUCUUGCUUUUUUUUUUCUUUUUUUUUUAUAAAUCUCAUUACCACAUCUGCAGUGUAUGUGUAAUGACCAUGGACAACAAUUUAGAAAAUUGCCCUUUACUGAGAAAAGAACAGAAAAUCUGUUCAUAUAUUACUUGCUUAAAAUGAAAGUCUAGUCUUUUUUUGCAGACCAAUGCUUAGAGCACGUUUAUGAAUUUAUAAGUCAAACGUUUUGAAGCUUUAAAUCUGUCCAAUUCAGCCUUUCAGAAACAGAACUAGUUUUUUUUGAGGGAAGAAUUUGUUGGUAUGUGAUGUAGUUACUGUAACUCUAGGGAAACAUGGAAGUACCUCACUGGCACAAAAUUAUAAGUGAAGUAUCUGAAGGAUACUUUUUACUGUAUUGCUUCACUGAUUGAACGUAGGGUAACACUACAUAAGAACAUUUUUAUGUUAAAAUGUUUAUUUCUGUACUAUCCUAACAUGUUCAUUGUUAGAGUCUACUGUUUGGAGUUUCAAAUUCCUGUUAUAUAGACUUAUAUAUAGAUAUAUAUCUAUAUAUCUUAAACAUUAAUUCACUGCACCAACAUCUGCCCCAAAGACUUUUAUUAUAAGUCUGAAUUUUUCUCAGUACAUGCAAAUGUGCAGGAAAACUUCAGUGUUUGGACCACCACAGAGAAAGGAGCUUCUCAGUAAAGGGAAGCGUACAGGGAAACUUUAGUUCUUGGACCCCUACCAAGAAAAUGUCUUCUGUGAUUACACAUACGCUAUAGAUUUGAUGUACAGAAAUUAGAUUGAAAAUUUCUGGAGUAUUCCUUAAAACACUUUUUUUUUAAAAACAUUAUUCCGUCGGUGCAGAGGAAAAACGACGUUCACUAGCUGGUUGCGUUUUAAAAUCAUUCGGGCGUAAAAUUCAAGUAGCGACAUUCGCGAUCGGCGAACGAAGACUGACCAAUCAGCUGCUGUAUUAUUGUUCGCUUGCGUCAACAAUUCAGUGACGGACGUUUUAUGUCUUAUAAAUGUAAGGUCGAGUUGAACGUUCAUUCCUAUGUAGGUGUAGUAAGACAUCUUUAUCACUGCUGCCUCUAAUUUCUGGAAAAUUCUGUUGCAUGCUAAUCAUUUGGACCUACAGAAAAUUCUCUUCUUGGGGGGGCAUGUAAUGCUAAAUAUGCAAGAACAGAGAUUGUAUUUGUACAGUAAUUGUCCUUUUUGUCCAUUAAGAAGGGAAAAAAAGAUGAAGGAUAAAUGUAUCACUGGUUCAUUCUGUUAAAAACAACAACAACAACAACAACAAAAAACCCCGAACAUGUAUAGAAGAUUUGACUGAGCAUUUCGUGUUAUACCUGAAUUUGCUUGACGAUCAUUUAGCUAGUUCAGUGACUUCCAUGAGGAAGUCUGCUUAGAAUAAUAUAGAAAUUUUAUUGCCUUUGGGUUCGAUUUUGAAGACCAAGAAAAGAAAUUUAAAAGGACUGUGGAUGUCAGAUAUGCUCAAUUUGAAGCAAACCUCUUCAUCAGUGAACCUUCAUCUCAAUGAUGUUCAUAGACCCAAAGUAAACGUUCAGCUAACUGAGCUUAACAUUGGCCAUUUUCAGAUUACAAUACCGCUAUGAAAUGACACUUCGUAUGAUAAGUACUCGCUCUAAUACUUAUAAGUUUAGUGCAAAUCUCAAUUUUAUUUCGAGCAAUAAUUCUAAACUGAUCCAAAUUGGAUUCACUUUUAGCCAAACCACUUAUCCAAUUUUUUGGUUGUGGGAACGUCUGUGUGCCUGUAUGGCCUUUUAAAGUUCUUCCUUACACAAAGCUGCUGUUAAUUGAACCCUGGCUCUUUAGCUAUUACACUUUGUGCUCUUGAAUGCUGAAUGUUGACCGUGUGUUGAUUUGUUACCUAGCUAUUAGGUCAUGUACUAAUGUUCAUAAAACAUUUUCGGUAUGUUUUUAGGCACUUCAGUUGUACAGCUGGGGACUGAAGAUGUCUCCCCAGCAGUGGACUCACUGAAUCGUAAAAAGUCAGCAACAAUUUUCCCUGGAUGUGUAUUCUGUCUUUGUGUCAGUAUGAAACUGGAUGAGAAACAUUUUACAUCUAGGUUACAGUCAUCCAGGUUACAUCUAAUGUCUUGUGGUAAGUCAAUAUAUAUAUAUAUAUAUAUAUAUAUAUAUAUAUAUAUAUAUAUAUAUAUAUAUAUAUAUAUAUAUAUAUAUAUUUGACUUACUACAAUAUAUAUAGUUGUCUAGAGCAUUGGUUCUCGAAGUGGGUCCAGGUGGCUCUGAUUUAUUCAUUUAGUUAGGACGGUGAAAAUCAUAAAUCCACUUUUAUUUUUAUUAUUAUUAUUACUAUAUUGUUCCUAAGUUCCUAUAAUUGUUAUAAUGCUCCAUACCUCUCAUACAUUAAAAACAAUACCUCCACUACUCAUUAAAAUAAUGAGGUUAAUAUUUGAAUUAGUUUGUUUAUGCUCAUACAUCAGUGCUGAGGGGUCUGAGAAUUUAUUUUAUAAUUAACGGAGUCCCUGGCUGCAAAAAGUUUGAGAACCCCUGGUCUAGACUUAACACAACAUGACAGAUACUAAGAACAAUUUAUUAGUAUUAAGUCAGAAAACAUUAAAACAACCUCACUGCAAAAAAAAAAACAAAAAACAAAAAAAACAGUAUCUAUGCAAGUGAAUAAAGGCAAAUUCAUUUAAUCUAAUACAGUAUGUAUAAUUAUGAGAUUAGUAUAUAGCAAAAAAAAGAAAGAAAAAGAUCUCCAAACCCAUUUCUAGAGCUCUUUUACUAAUGAACUACUAAUUUCAAGCUUGAAAUGGUCUUUUUUUUUAAAAAAGUAAAAAAAAUCAGUGGAUACUUUGGCUCUUUUCUUGAAAUAAAGCAAAAUUAUCCACUCAUUGUCCAUUUCAAACCUAAAAUUAGUGUCUGAAACCACCUACAUUGCGGAAUUUGCCUAUAUUCAUGAUAUUUCUACUUGCUUAGGUAUUGUGUGACGUUUUAGCAGUGUUUUAAUCGACCAUCCUGAAGAGUUCUUCCUGCAUGCACCUAAAAGCAUGCGUGUUUUAGCAGUCGCUUUCACAAUCUCACAUUCUGGAUCCGAUCUCUUCUGGUGUAAACACAGUACUGUAAUGAUGUAAUGCAGUAAGCAGCGUCAUACUGUAGCUGACUGAGUAAUGAUCCUGGUUGUGUGUAUACUGUAGAUAUGUUUACAUGGAUACUUACUAGGGCCUAAGGCUUCGGUUAGAAAUGUCUAGAGGGUCCCAAUGCUUUAUACGUUCCCUCACCUUACUCUUCACUACUACUACUACAGAAAAGCACCUCUUCUCUUAUAUCCAACUAUGUUCACUUACGCUGCAAAUGUUGGGGUUUUUUUGGUGUGUGUGCGUGUGUGUGUGUGUGUGUGUGUGUGUAUGUGUGUGUGAGGGAAAAGCCAGUGUUUUAAAGGACUGUUACAACGGCAGCCAGUACAAUGCUUUUGCUGACGUAUUGAAAUAUUAGCCGACACGCCUCCUAUCGCUUUACUGUGCAUGCCUUUCGUUUAGCUGCUCUUAUUUAAUAUCCAUAUCUGUAUUUAUGUGUUUUAUUUCGUGUGCGUUCCAACAACUGUACAUAAAAGACCUGUUGUUUUUUUUUUGUUUUGUUUUUUAAUUAAACUUCCACCUGUGAUAGUUUCUGUAAACACCAUUUGCUCUAGAUAAAGCAAAACCUCUGACUUUUCCA